GUCAUUCCUACAGCCUCUGCCUGUGAAUGAUCAGAUGGUGGGCAUGUUGGCAUUGCCCGGCCUGCGUGUAGAAACAUCCUAGGCUCCAGCUUCUCUCCUUCGGGGUUCACGACGCCCCCAUGCCCCGAAUCCUGGUCAGGGAUGGCCUCUGCCGCCUCUCUGCCUACUUGGAAGAACUGGAGGCUGUGGAGCUGAAGAAGUUCAAGUUAUACCUGGGGACUGCGACGGAGCCGGGGGAGGCCAAGAUCCCCUGGGGGCGUAUGGAGCAGGCUGGUCCUCUGGAAAUGGCUCAGUUGCUUGUGAUGCAUUGUGGGAUAGGGGAGGCCUGGCUGCUGGCUCUUAGCGUCUUUGAGCGGAUCAACAGGAAGGACCUGUGGGAGAGAGGACAGAGAGAGGACCCGGUGAGGGAUACUCCACUUGGUGGCGCACCCUCACUGGGGAGCCAGUCGGCACGUUCUCUGGAAAUCUUUCCCGGAACUCCAAGAAAAGAUCCCCAGGAAACCUACAGGGACUAUGUCCGCCGGAAAUUCCGACUGAUGGAAGACCGCAAUGCGCGUCUAGGGGAAUGCGUCAACCUCAGCCACCGGUACACCCGGCUCCUCUUGGUGAAAGAACAUGCAAAUCCCGUGUGGGCCCAGCAGAAGCUCUUGGACACAGGCCGGGGACAUGCGAGAACCGUAGGACACCCGGCCAGCCUCAUCCAUAUAGAGACACUCUUCGAGCCAGAUGAGGAGCGCCCGGAGCCGCCGCGCACCGUGGUCUUGCAGGGGGCAGCAGGAAUGGGCAAAUCCAUGCUGGCCCACAAGGUGAUGCUGGACUGGGCCGACGGGAGGCUCUUCCAAGACAGGUUUGAUUAUCUCUUCUACAUCAACUGCAGGGAGAUGAACCAGAGCGCCCCCCAGCGGAGCGCACAAGACCUCAUCUCCAGCUGCUGGCCCGAGCCCAGCGCGCCCCUCCCCGAGCUCAUCCGAGCUCCCGAGCGCCUCCUUUUUAUCAUCGACGGCUUUGAUGAGCUCAAGCCCUCUUUCCAUGACCCUCCGGGCCCCUGGUGCCUCUGCUGGGAGGAGAAGCGGCCCACGGAGCUUCUCCUGAGUAGCCUGAUUCGGAAGAAGCUGCUGCCUGAGGUGUCUUUGCUUAUCACCACCAGGCCCACGGCUUUGGAGAAGCUCCACCGAUUGCUGGAGCAUCCCAGGCACGUAGAGAUCCUGGGCUUCUCUGAGGCAGAAAGGAAGGAGUACUUUUACAAGUAUUUCCACAACGCGGAGCAGGCCGGCCAAGUCUUUAAUUUCGUGAGGGACAACGAGCCCCUCUUCACUCUGUGCUUUGUCCCCUUGGUGUGCUGGGUCGUUUGCACCUGCCUCAAGCAGCAGUUGGAGGAUGGGGGGCUUUUAAGGCAGACGUCCAGGACCACGACAGCAGUGUACAUGCUCUACCUCCUGAGUCUGAUGCAAACCAAGCCAGGGACCCCAACCCUCCAGACCCCGCCCAACCAGAGAGGGCUCUGCUCUUUGGCAGCCGAUGGGCUCUGGAAUCAGAAAAUCCUAUUUGAGGAACAAGACCUCCGGAAGCACGGCCUCGAUGGGACGGAUGUGUCUUCCUUCCUCAACAUGAACAUCUUCCAGAAGGACAUCAACUGUGAAAAGUUCUAUAGCUUCAUCCACUCGAGUUUCCAGGAAUUUUUUGCAGCCAUGUACUAUAUCCUGGAUGAUGGGGAGCAUGGAUCCAGCCCAGAACACAACAUGACGAGGCUGUUGGCUGAGUCCAGGUUCUCAGAAAGGAGCUUCUUGGCACUCACCGUCCGUUUCCUGUUUGGACUCCUGAAUGAGGAGACGAGAUGCUACCUGGAGAAGAGCCUUCGCUGGAAGGUGUCGCCUCGCAUCAAGGCGGAACUGUUGGAGUGGAUCCAGAGCAAAGCCCAGAGCGAGAGCUCUACCCUGCAACAGGGCUCCUUGGAGCUCUUCAGCUGUCUGUACGAGAUCCAGGAGGAGGAAUUUAUCCAACAGGCCCUGAGCCACUUCCAAGUGGUCGUGGUCAGUAACAUUGCCACCAAGAUGGAGCACAUGGUCUCCUCCUUUUGUGUGAAGAACUGCAGAAAUGCCCUGGUGCUGCACUUGUAUGGGACUGCCUACAGUGCUGAUGAAGACGACGGGGUCAGAUGGACUUCAGGGCCCCAGACGCCACUGGCACAGUCACCCGAGAGGAACGUUCUUCCAGAUGCCUACAGUGAACAGCUUGCUGCUGCUCUGAGCACCAAUCCAAAUCUGAUAGAGCUGGUUUUGUACCGCAAUGCCCUCGGAAGCCGGGGGGUGAAGCUCCUGUGUCAGGGACUCAGACACCCCAACUGCAAACUUCAGAACCUGAGGCUGAAGAGGUGCCGAGUUUCCAGCUCUGCCUGUCAGGACCUCACAGCAGCUCUGAUAGCCAAUAAGAAUUUAAUAAGGAUGGACCUGAGCGGCAAUGGCCUGGGGCUGCCAGGCAUCAAACUGCUUUGUGAGGGGCUCCGGCAUCCCAGAUGCAGGCUGCAGAUGAUUCAGUUGAGGAAGUGUCAGCUGGAGGCUGGGGCUUGCCAGGAGAUCACCUCCGUGCUCAGCACCAAUCGACAUCUGGUGGAGUUGGACCUGACGGGAAAUGCGCUGGAGGACUUGGGUGUGAGGCUGUUGUGUCAAGGCUUGAGGCACCCAGUCUGUAGGCUGCGGAUCUUGUGGUUGAAGAUUUGCCGCCUCACUGCUGCUGCUUGUAAAGACCUGGCCUCCACCCUCAGUGUGAACCAGAGCCUGAUGGAGCUGGACCUCAGCCUGAAUGACCUGGGGGACCCUGGGGUACUACUGCUGUGUGAGGGCCUCAAGCAUCCCCAGUGCAAACUUCAGACCCUCCGGUUGGGCAUUUGCCGGCUCAGCUCCACAGCCUGUGAGGGUCUCUCUGCUGUUCUCCAGGUCAACCACCAUCUCCGGGAGCUGGAUCUGAGUUUCAAUGACCUGGGAGACUGGGGCAUGUUGCUGCUGUGCGAGGGGCUGCGACACCCCACCUGCAGGCUCCAGAAACUGUGGCUGGACAGCUGUGGCCUCACAGCCAAAGCUUGUGAGGAUCUUUCUUCCACCCUGGGGGUCAACCAGACCCUGACGGAGCUUUAUCUGACCAACAACGCCCUGGGGAACACCGGUGUCAGGCUGCUAUGCAGGAGGCUGAGCCAUCCCAGCUGCAAACUCCGAGUCCUCUGGUUGUUUGGAAUGGACCUGAAUAAAAUGACCCACAGAAGAUUGGCGGCACUUCGCAUAACAAAACCCUACUUGGACAUUGGCUGCUGAAUGGUACUAUCUGCUGGUUCUUUUCUUGAA